AUGCAGCUCAAGAAUCUCUUCCUCGCGCUGCCCGCACUCGCGGCUUCUCUGCCUACAGCUGAGCCUCAGGAUGAUUUCUCCGUCCAGAUUGUUGGUGGAUCUGCUGCCACCGCCGGACAGUUCCCCUACAUCGUCAGUGUCCAGGUCUCUGGCUCGCACUACUGCGGCGGUUCCCUACUGAACGCCGACACUGUCAUCACGGCUGCCCACUGCGCCACUCGAUCGGCUUCAUCUUACACCAUCCGUGCCGGAACUCUCACCUGGGCCUCCGGAGGCGUCACGUCCAAGGUUUCGCAAGUGAUUGUCAACCCCUCUUACUCGGGUAACAACAACGACAUUGCCAUCCUCAAGCUGUCCACAUCGAUCCCCACGAGCUCGACCAUCAGCUACGUCAGCCUUCCCGCCUCCGGCUCCGACCCCGCUGCCGGCUCUUCCUCCACUGUUGCUGGAUGGGGAACCACUACCUCCGGCGGCUCCUCGAUCCCCGCCUCCCUCCGCUACGUCACCGUCCCUAUCGUCGCCCGCGCAACCUGCCAGUCUGAGUAUGGCACAUCCUCUAUCACCACCAACAUGGUUUGCGCUGCCGAGGCCGCUGGUGGAAAGGACUCUUGCCAGGGUGAUUCUGGAGGUCCUCUCGUUGCUACUGGCACAAAGACUCUCAUUGGUGUUGUUUCCUUCGGUAAUGGUUGUGCUCUCCGCGGAUACGCUGGUGUGUACACUCGCGUUGCGACCCAGCUGUCUUUCAUCAACUCGAACGCAUAA